UCCAGCUGUGAGGAACGGAGUCUUUAUUACACAUCACACGUUCUGUAUUCUCUCUGAUUCACAAAGGAUGGACAAGGACAGGAGUCACAGGACGGAGAGGAUAAUAAAUAUCACCCUGGAGAUCAUCUACCUGCUGACUGGGGAGGAUUACACAGUAGUGAAGAAGUCAUCCAAUGAGUAUGAGAAACUCAGCAGCCAUCCCCGUGUGUCAGGAGGACUGAGUAGAACCCAGAGCCCCAUCCCAGUGCCUCCACCUCACUUACUGACACAUGAGAGACACAAUGACCAAAAGAUCCUGGAACUCACCAACAAGAUCAUUCAGCUGCUGACUGGAGAGGAGGCGGAGUAUAUAGAGGAACACAGGGAUCUGUACAAGGCGAUGAUGAUGGAGAAUCUCCGGCCUCUCACAUCACUGGAUGGGCCCAGUAACAGAGAUACCCCAGAGAGAUGUCCCCGUCCUCUGUAUUCCCAGGAUUGUACAGAGGAGAAUCACAGGAUCCCACAGGAGGAUCAGGGUGAAGCACAAUUAAAUAAUAUUAAAAUCAAAGAUACAGAGGUAGAAGAAGAGACGUAUGUGACUGAUAUUAAGGCAGAAGAUAUAGAGGGAGAAGAAGAGACGUAUGUGACUGAUAUAAAGGCAGAAGAUAUAGAGGGAGAAGAAGAGACGUAUGUGACUGAUAUAAAGGCAGAAGAUAUAGAGGGAGAAGAAGAGACGUAUGUGACUGAUAUGAAGGCAGAAGAUAUAGAGGGAGAAGAAGAUACGUAUGUGAGGGGUGAUCAGCAGUGUAAGGAGGAGGAGAUCCCUACAGAUAUCAGCACAGAUGGACACACAAGCAGGAAUAUCUCAGAAGGACAUCUAAUAUCAUGCCUGGAUUGUGAAAUAAAAGAUGACAGUAGACAGGAUUCUCCAGGAACUAAUCUCAUUACCCCAAUUGUACAUCCAGCUCUAUCAGCUGAUCCCUCUGAUCCUGGGAAAUGUUCUCCUGAUCACUCUGAUAUUGGUGCAUCUGUUACAGAUCUGAGAGUAGAUACAGUGUUUCCAUGUUCUAUAGAUGCACCAUGUUUUACACAGAACACAAAGCUUAUUACCCAUCAGGCAGGUAAGGCAGGUGAGAGGCCAUUUCCAUGUUCUGAGUGUGGGAAAUGUUUUACACGGAAAUCACAUCUUGUUAUACAUGAGAGAAGUCACACAGGUGAGAAGCUAUUUUCAUGUUCUGAGUGUGGGAAAUGUUUUACAUCCAAAUCAAAUUUUGUCAUACAUCAGAAAACUCACAUAGGUGAGAGUCCAUUUACAUGUUCUGAGUGUGGGAAAUGUUUUACACGGAAAUCACAUCUUGUUAUACAUGAGAGAAGUCACACCGGAGAGAAGCCAUUUACAUGUUCUGAGUGUGGGAAAUGUUUUUCACUGAAAUCGAAUCUUGUUCAACAUGAGAGAAGUCACACUGGAGAGAAGCCAUUUUCUUGUUCUGAGUGUGGAAAAGGUUUUUCACACAAAUCAUGUCUUGUUCAACAUGAGAGAAGUCACACUGGAGAGAAGCCAUUUACAUGUUUUGAGUGUGGGAAAUGUUUUACACGGAAAUUACAUCUUGUUCAACAUGAGAGAAGUCACACCGGAGAGAAGCCAUUUUCAUGUUCUGAGUGUGGAAAAUGUUUUGCACUGAAAUCAACUCUUAUCAGACAUGAGAGAAGUCACACCGGAGAGAAGCCAUUAUCAUGUUCUGAGUGUGGGAAAUGUUUUGCACUGAAAUCAACUCUUAUUAGACAUGAGAGAAGUCACACCGGAGAGAAGCCAUUUACAUGUUCUGAGUGUGGGAAAUGUUUUUCACUGAAAUCGAAUCUUGUUCAACAUGAGAGAAGUCACACUGGAGAGAAGCCAUUUUCUUGUUCUGAGUGUGGAAAAGGUUUUUCACACAAAUCAUGUCUUGUUCAACAUGAGAGAAGUCACACUGGAGAGAAGCCAUUUUCUUGUUCUGAGUGUGGAAAAGGUUUUUCACACAAGUCACAUCUUGUUACACAUGAGAGAAGUCACACCGGAGUGAAGCCAUUUACAUGUUCUGAGUGUGGGAAAUGUUUUUUACUGAAAUCGAAUCUUGUUCAACAUGAGAGAAGUCACACUGGAGAGAAGCCAUUUUCUUGUUCUGAGUGUGGAAAAGGUUUUUCACACAAGUCAUAUCUUGUUAUACAUGAGAGAAGUCACACUGGAGUGAAGCCAUUUACAUGUUCUGAGUGUGGGAAAUGUUUUUCACUGAAAUCGAAUCUUGUUCAACAUGAGAGAAGUCACACUGGAGAGAAGCCAUUUUCAUGUUCUGAGUGUGGGAAAGGGUUUAUACAGAAAUCACAUCUUGUUAGACAUGAGAGAAGUCACACAGGUGAGAGGCCAUUUUCAUGUUCUGAGUGUGGGAAAGGGUUUACACAGAAAUCACAAAUUGUUCAACAUGAGAGAACUCACAGAGGUGAGAAGCCAUAUUCCUGUUCUGAGUGUGGGAAAUGCUUUACAUAUAAAUCAUAUCUUGUUACACAUCAUAUAAGUCACACAGGUGAGAUGCCAUUUCCCUGUUCUGAGUGUGGGAAAUGCUUUACAUAUAAAUCACAUCUUGUUACACAUCAGAGAAGUCACACAGGUGAGAAGCCAUAUUCCUGUUCUCAGUGUGGGAAAUGUUUUGCAUCGAAAUCAUAUUUUGUUACACAUCAGAAAAGUCACACAGGUGAGAAGCCAUAUUCCUGUAUUGAGUGUGGGAAAUGCUUUGCAUGUAAAUCACAUCUUGUUACACAUCAGAGAAGUCACACAGGUGAAAAGCCGUAUUCCUGUUCUGAGUGUGGGAAGUGUUUUCCACGGAAAUCAGCUCUUGUUAGACAUCAGAGAAGUCACACAGGUGAGAAGCCGUAUACCUGUCCUGAGUGUGGGAAAUGCUUUACAUAUAAAUCAGCUCUUGUUACACAUCAGAGAAGUCACACAGGUGAGAACCCUUAUUCCUGUUCUGAGUGUGGGAAAUAUUUUGCAUGGAAAUACGAUCUUGUUAAACAUCAGAGAAGUCACACAGGUGAGAAGCCGUAUUCCUGUUCUGAGUGUGGGAAAUGUUUUGCAUGGAAAUCAGAUCUUGUUAAACAUCAGAGAAGUCACACAGGUGAGAAGCCGUAUUCCUGUUCUGAGUGUGGGAAAUGUUUUGCAUGGAAAUCAGUUCUUGUUGGACACACAAGCAGGAAUAUCUCAGAAGGACAUCUAAUGUUAUCCCUGGAUUGUGAAAUAACAGAUAACGACAGUAGACAGGAUUCUCCAGGAGAUAACCUCAUUAUCCCAAUUAUACAUCCAGCUCUAUCAACUGAUCCCCCUGAUCCUGGGAAAUCUUCUCCUGAUCACUCUGAUAUUGGUGCAUCUAUUACAGCUCUGAGAUUAGAUACAGAGUUUCCCUGUUCUACAGAUGCCAAAUGUUUUACACAGAACACAAACCGUAUUACUCAUCAGCCAGCUAAGGCAGGUGAGAGGCUAUUUCCAUGUUCUGAGUGUGGGAAAUGUUUUACAUAUAAAUCAGAUCUUGUUACACAUCAGAGACGUCACACUGGUGAGAAGCCAUUUCCAUGUUCUGAGUGUGGGAAAUUUUUUACAAGUAAAUCAAAUCUUGUUGCACAUCAGAGACGUCACACAGGUGAGAAGCCGUAUUCCUGUUCUGAGUGUGGGAAAUGUUUUGCACAGAAAUCUGAUCUUUUUAAACAUCAGAGAAGUCACACAGGUGAGAAGCCGUAUUCCUGUUCUGAGUGUCGGAAAUGUUUUGCAUCGAAAUCAUAUCUUGUUACACAUCAGAGAAGUCACACAGGUGAGAAGCCGUAUUCCUGUUCUGAGUGUAUGAAAUGUUUUCCACAGAAAUCAGAUCUUAUUACACAUCAGAGAAGUCACACUGGUGAGAAGCCAUUUCCAUGUUCUGAGUGUGGGAAAUUUUUUGCAUCGAAAUCAAAUCUUGUUACACAUCAGAGAAGUCACACAGGUGAGAAGCCGUAUUCCUGUUCUGAGUGCGGGAAAUGUUUUACAUCGAAAUCUGAUCUUUUUAAACAUCAGAGAAGGCACACAGGUGAGAAGCCGUAUUCCUGUUCUGAGUGUAUGAAAUGUUUUACACAGAAAUCAGGUCUUGUUACACAUCAGAGAAGGCACACAGGUGAGAAGCCGUAUUACUGUUCUGAGUGUAUGAAAUGUUUUCCACAGAAAUCAGGUCUUGUUACACAUCAGAGAAGUCACACUGGUGAGGAGCCAUUUCCAUAUUCUGAGUGUGGGAAAUUUUUUACAAAUAAAUCAAAUCUUGUUACACAACAGAGACGUCACACAGGUGAGAAGCCGUAUUCCUGUUCUGAGUGUGGGAAAUGUUUUGCACAGAAAUCUGAUCUUUUUAAACAUCAGAGAAGUCACACAGGUGAGAAGCCGUAUUCCUGUUCUGAGUGUGGGAAAUGUUUUGCAUCGAAAUCAAAUCUUGUUACACAUCAGAGAAGUCACACAGGUGAGAAGCCGUAUUCCUGUUCUGAGUGUGGGAAAUGUUUUGCAUCAAAAUCAAAUCUUGCUGCACAUCAGAAAAGUCACACAGAUGAGAAGCCGUAUUCCUGUUCUGAGUGUGGGAAAUGUUUUGUAUCGAAACCAAAUCUUGUUACACAUCAGAGAAGUCACACAGGUGAGCAGCCAUAUUCCUGUUCUGUGUGUGGGAAAUGUUUUGCACACAAAUCAUCUUUUGUUAGUCAUCAGAGAAGUCACACAGGUGAGAAGCCGUAUUCCUGUUCUUUGUGUGGGAAAUGUUUUCCACAGAAAUCGGCUCUUGUUACACAUCAGAGAAGUCAUACAGGUGAGAAGCCGUAUUCCUGUUCUGAGUGUGGGAAAUUUUUUGCAACAAAAUCAAAUCUUGUUACACAUCAGAGAAGUCACACAGGUGAGAAGCCGUAUUCCUGUUCUAAGUGUGGGAAAUGUUUUAGACAGAAAUCACAUCUUGUUACACAUCAGAGAAGUCACACAGGUGAGAAGCCAUUUUCAUGCUGUGAGAGAAAUAUAUAUGUUGAACAUAUUAGACAUUACCCAAGCACGGAACCAUUUAAAUCUUCUGGAGUAUAAUUAUCACUGUCAUGCAAUGUUCCUCAAGGGUCAAUCCUAUCUCCUAUCUUCAUGCAAUAUACAGUCUGGUCCAUAUAUAUUGGGACAUCGACACAAUUCUCAUAUUUUGAGCUCUAUACACCACCACAAUGGAUUUGAAAUUAAACAAACAAGAUGUGCUUUAACUGCAGACUUUCCGCUUUAAUUUGAGGGUAUAUACAUCAAAAUCAGGUGAACGGUGUAGGAAUUAAAAUGGUUUUUAUAUGUGCCUCCCACUUUUUAAGGGACCAAAAGUAAUGGUACAAACUAAACAAUCCUAAAUCAAAUAUUGUAAAUCAGAUCAGUGCGCUCGUCCAGUUCAACAAAAAGUACUUUACUACUUAAUGUGGUCGCAGCCCGGAUCAGUGUUUCGUGAAUUGAGCUUUCACAUAUUUUCCAAGGGCGAUCUGAUUACCAUCUCCUAGAUGAAGACCUGGAUACAAUAUCCAUACUGAUAUGCAAAUAUUUAUCUGGUACGCAUAUAAAUUUUGUGUGAUAACUGAAUUUAAUCCCACAUACGGAAAUAUACUACGCUAUAUAGCGAUUCUUUGUGUCUCCUAGCAGCAUUUAGAUCCCAGUAGUAACCUGGACUAAAGAAUGGGGGACUGAUACGCCAUGUGUCAAGCCGUAAUCCGUACGCUAUAAUAUUCUUGCGUGUGACAAAACUAGUGAUAAGCGGAUUCGGUUUUACUCUGUUCUCAAAACGGCAUCUUAUUGGCUUACAGAUGUCAUGUGUUUUGUAUAGCCAAUAAGAUUCUGUUUUGAGAUCCGAGUAAAACUGAAUCCGCUCAUCACUAGACAAAACUGAUUGAAAAAUACUACACCAUAGUCGCUCUCUUGUUUCUUCCUUUGAUUCCAAAAUCCUAAAUCAAACUUUUACUUUUUAAUAUUUUGUUGCAAAUCCUUUUGUCAGUUACAGCCUGAAGUCUGGAACGCAUAGACAUCACCAGACGCUGGGUUUCAUCCCUGGUGAUGCUAUGCCAGGCCUCUACUGCAACUGUCUUCAGUUCUUGCUUGUUCUUGGGGCAUUUUCUCUUCCGUUUUGUCUUCAUCAAGUGAAAUGCAUGCUCAAUCGGAUUCAGGUCAGGUGAUUGACUUGGCCAUUGCAUAACAUUCCACUUAUUUGCCUUAAACGAUUUGGUUGCUUUCGCAGUAUGCGUCGGGUCAUUGUCCAUCUGCACUGUGAAGCGCCUUCCAGUGAGUUCUGAAGCAUUAGACUGAAUAUGAGCAGAUAAAAUUGCCCAAAACACUUCAGCAUUCAUCCUGCUGCUUUUAUCAGCAGUCACAUUAUCAAUAAAUACAAGGGAACCAGUUCCAUUGGCAUCCAUACAUGCCCACGCCAUGACACUUCCACCACCAUGCUUCACUGAUGAGCUGGUAGGUUUUGGAUCAUGAGCAGUUCCUUUCCUUCUCCAUACUCUUUUCUUCCCAUCACUCUGAUACAAGUUGAUAUUUGUCUCAUCUGUCCAUAGGAUGUUCCAGAACUGUAAAGGCUUUUUUAGAUGUUGUUUGCAAACUCUAAUCUGGUCUUCCUGUUUUAUUGCUCACCAAUGGUUUACAUCUUGUGGUGAACCCUCUAUAUUCACUCUUGUGAAGUCUUCUCUUGAUUGUUGACUUUGACACAUAUACACCUAUCUCCUGGAGAGUGUUAUUGAUCUGGGCAACUGUUGUGAUGGGGUUCGUGCUAUUUAGUACACUAGUAGUGUACUAAAUAGCAUGAACAGCUUGUAACGUAGAGUGGCAAGUUUAAUCUUUCUAUGUAUAAUGGAGAGAAAUAAAAGCUCCUCUCUAAGUUCCUGGAUGCCAAAUCACUGUCCUUAGUAUCUCUGUACAGUUUUUUCUAUUAGAGUACUAAUUAGCAGGAACAGCUUAUAAUGUACAACACAGAUUCUCUAACGCCGACGAUCUACAGUACUGUGUUGCUCGAACAGUUAGUUGCGUCAGAAUACACUAAUUUAUAUCUACUGUUAUGUCUAUACGUGCUCAUUACCUGCAGAUUUACCCCGAUUUGUGUGAAACCUGUGUGCACCCUUCUGUUGAAUGUUUUACAAUGGAUUACACAAAAAAAAUAAUAAAGUGAAUGUCACUGGAACACAAAAAAAAUUGACACUUUGGGAAUCGAACCCGGUACUCAGCGUGGCAGACCAGAGCCUUCAUCGCUAGCCCACAGCACUGCAUGGAAGAUUGUCAAGUUCAUGUGUAAAAGUACUGCAAAAAGCGAUUCCUCCCCAUUGGUGUUUGUUUAUGCCAUUAGGGGACUCGGACACUCAUUUUGUGCACUGUACAUACUGUAAAGUCAAUGAGCUACAUUAUUCCUUUCACACAUUAGUUGUGUCUGCAUACACAAGUGUUUUAACACGUUCAUUUGCGUCUGUAUAAACUAUACACACAGGGAUUUGGCAUCCAGAAACUUAGGGAGGAGUUUUUAUCUCUCCCCAUUAUACUUAAUAUUACGGGAUUUGUACACUCGCAUAUCCCUAACAUCAAUAGACCAUACUGUAUCUGUAACACGUUCAUUUGCAUCUGUAUAUGCUGUACUAUUUGCACCUUUACUGUAUAUACUGUUAUAUACUUUAUGACAUACUGUAGCAUAAUGUAGCGUAAUGAGACGCACCAGUAAAGUAGUUCUUACGCUGUAGUUCAGUAUUGUAUUUUAAUGGAGACCACACGCUUGGGCAUUAGUGAUUUAAAAAAGCGACAUCUGGUGGAUGAUCUUAGGUAUUACACUCGAAGGUAACGCCAAAUGCUCUGUGUGCCUUCCUACGACUAGGCGCGCCUCCUUGCGCCCAGGUACGCUGCGUAUGCCUAAUCGCGACUAAUGCCUCAGCCAGCCAAGAUAACGGAGGACCCGUCUGUAUAUUUAGUUCCUAAAUAAUACAUCCCAAAUGCUUAGGUCUUUUUUCUGCUGUUUAUUUUGUAUCUUGUGCUUUGUGUAAAUGUGAAUGUCUAAUACCAGUUUGCACAAUCUGUAUUGCUGCACGACAGUAUGGCGGCCAUUGGAACGUGUUUUCACUUCUAGUUUGCCUAACUUGUUGCAGACACUCAUCUUGAUAUGGAGUGUCGAGUGUUUUCUGAUACAAGAUCCUGUCCAUAUAUACCCUGUACAUUAUCAUGUGCAUUAGAGUCACCCGGGUUCCAUCUGCUGUGGUUUGUUGUAUGUUACAUCUAUAUGGUGCGGAUACUCCCCUGUAUGAUUUCAUAAU